ACUCGUCCUCACUCGUUGAUUUCCGUUCAUCAUCGGUAACCCAACAUGGCGAUUGCGUCUUUACGAAUCUCCGCGUCCUCGCUGUUGUUAUUGAGCAGACGUUUGUUCAGCCCUGAGCUGAAUGCUCUCUGUUCAUAUCACAAAAAGGUGGUGGACCACUAUGAAAACCCAAGAAAUGUGGGAACUCUAGACAAAAACUCCAAGAACGUGGGAACUGGUUUGGUGGGUGCACCAGCCUGUGGUGAUGUAAUGAAGCUUCAGAUCCAGGUGGACGAAAAUGGCAAGAUUAUUGAAGCAAAGUUUAAGACAUUUGGCUGUGGAUCAGCCAUUGCCUCCAGCUCUCUAGCAACAGAGUGGGUGAAGGGGAAGUCGGUUGAUGAAGCUCUGAAGAUCAGGAACACAGACAUUGCCAAAGAACUCUGCCUUCCUCCAGUCAAGCUUCAUUGCUCCAUGCUUGCAGAAGAUGCCAUAAAGGCAGCGCUGUCAGACUACAGAUUAAAACAACAGGACAAGAAGGAGGAGCGUGUACACGCCACCAGUUAAUAUCUUGUUAUUAACUAUCCAUUAUGUCUCAGUACCAGCCCUUUAAGGUUUUACUGCAGUGCUGUUUGGAAGAUUGUUUACUAAUACAACGUCAGGUAUUGCACCCUCUUCUGGGAGUUUUAUACUGUUUAACAUUCUCUUUAAAAUGGAAGGUGCUAUUAGUGUUGAUCAGAAGUUGGUUAUUAAAUGCUGAUUUUGGAGUGGGAAGUUCAUGUUGAAUGUAGUGAAUGAAGUCCGAUCCUUAAAUCUAAAUAUGGAAAACUCAACAUUGUUCUUACUUUGCAGUGCUUUCCUACACAGAACACAAAUGAGAUCAUAAGUCGGAUACUAAGUUGAGAUGUGUUUUUCUUGUAUGUAUAUAUAUUUUGGUAUUUGGCUUGAUUGUAUAAAAUCACUGGUCCCACAUGGUGGAUUCAGUAUGAACAUGCAUUUAGGUCGACAGCUAAAGUACACAUACAAAAGCAAUAUACAGAGUAUUGUAUGAGACUUUGUACUUAUUGUGAGCCAAUAUAUAUAAAAAAAACCAAACAAAAACA